AUGACCCAGGGCUUCUGGAGGCUCUACAAGGCCAAAGUGCUGCAGACCCUGGGGGGAGUGCAGGCAGAUGGAGUGCUGCGGGAGGAGGGAGACACCCCCGAACUGAUGGAGACAGACGAGAGCCCUGCGCUGAUGGAGGAGGGACCCAGCCCAAUGUCCCAGCUGGCCAGGAAGGUGCAGGGGGUGGGUGCCCGCGGCUGGCGGACGCUGUCGUCCCUCUUCACCCGUGAGGACGAGCAUCAGCUGCUCAGCCCGGAGCCCUGCGCAGACCACCCGCUGGCCGCCUCCCCUUCCGAGCCGCCCCCCUCCGAGAAGGCUCCUGGCUUUUGGGAUCUCUUUGCUACCAAGUGGCAGCAGGCAUCGGGGCCAGACAAGAGGGUGACGCCCCCGGAGCCGAGUGAGAGCCCGGGGGAGCCACCGGGUGACGACGACAGUGACCUGCGGGAGCCAGAGGAAGGAGCCUUCCACUGGGGCUUCCUGGCUGGUAAACUGGCCGAAAUACGGAAUAAAAGCGCCCCCAAGGGCAACUAG